GACCCUUACGCGUGCGCCAGCGUUCCCAUCCCAGCUGUCGGGGCAAGGUCCUGGUGCCCCUGGAGACGUCCCGGAGGAGAUGCAAUGGCCCAACGCCUGGACAGAUGCGUCCCUGCCACGUGUGUGCCACAAAGCCCUCGCCUCUCUCUCCCACCAGUGACACUCUCUCCCCACAGUGACCAGUAUGUGACGCUGCGGGGGCCCCACCGUGCCCCAGUGCUGAAGCAGGCUGUGCGCUGGAAGUGCACCCCCAUGGGCCGGGAUGCCGUGGGCCAGAGCUGGUCCACGGGGCUGAGCAGCUGGAGUGAGAGCGAAGACGCCUGGUACGCGCUCCCUCGCGGCGGCGCCCCUCCGGCCUUCCAGCGCUGGCAGCAGGCCCAUGCCAGGCGCGAGCGGGAGCGCCUGCCCCCGGCUUACGCCCAGCGCCUGCGGGAGGCGGCAUGGUGGGACCCCGUCAUCCCUGCUCAAUACCUGGGACUCGGCACCCGCUGGGGAGCCUUCCUGUGGCGGGAGAAACCCACCCGGGGCAAGGAGUAUGUUGUCACCCGCAACUGGACCCGCAAAGAGCCGGGGGGCAGCUUGGGGUAUGUCCCUGGCCUCUCCUUCUGCCGUCCCCCCUUCACCACCAGGGACGUCUGCACCUGGAGCCACCUCCACCACCAGCCCUCCACCAGGCAGUGAAGGCUGCCCUUGCAGGACUC